AUGCCUUUUAAAUACAAUCGAUUGGAUAAAGAUAAAGCUGCUGUACUUUUUAUCGAUCAUCAAGCUGGUCUUCUUUCAUUAGUACGUGAUUAUAGUCCAGAUGAUUUUAGAAAUAAUCUAUUAGCAUUAGCUGAUAUUACAAAAUUCUUUAAAUUACCAGUUAUUCUUACAACUAGUUUUGAACAAGGUCCAAAUGGACCAAUGGUACCAGAAAUAAAAAAUAUGUUUCCAGAUGCACCUUAUUUUGCUCGACCAGGACAAAUCAAUGCAUGGGAUAAUGAAGAUUUUGUAAAAGCUGUAAAAGCAACUGGUCGUAAACAAUUAAUUAUUGCUGGUAUUGUAACUGAUGUAUGUGUUGCAUUUCCAACAUUAUCAGCAUUAGAAGAAGGUUUUGAAGUAUUUGUUGUUACAGAUUGUAGUGGUACAUUUAAUACAAGUGUACGUGAUAGUGCAUGGUUAAGAAUGCAAAAUGCUGGUGCUCAAUUAGUCAAUUGGUUUGCAGUUGGUAGUGAAUUACAACGAGAUUGGCGAAAUGAUGUUCAAGGUUUCGGUAAAGUACUUGCUGAUCAUUUACCACAAUAUGCAAAUUUAAUGCAAAGUUAUGAUUCUGUUCAACCAAAAAAAUAA